AGAAUCUGCCGAGGUUUGCCGAAUGGGAAGGAUCUAACGCUUACCGUGCCAAGAGGGCGCUGAAGAAACAAAACGCCAUGUUGAUUUUGUAAGACCGGUGGUUGCGUGUUAUUCAACUUCAAGUCGCAAAGAAAGAAGCACGGGUUAAUUACUAAGGUAUGAUAGUGGUGAAGGAAUGCCAGAUAUGCUAGAAAAAGAUCGCCCUGGAAAACUAUUUAUUGGUGGGCUAUCUAUUGAUAUAACUGAAGACCGCCUCGAAAAAGUGUUCGGAAAAUACGGAAGAAUUAUAGAAGUUCUUGUUAUUAAAGAUAAAAUACAUCAACAGUCCAGAGGAUUUGGGUUUGUUACUUACGAGAACCCACAGGACGCUAUUGAUGCUUGUAAAGGAUUGAAUGAUACUGAAAUCAACGGAAGUACCAUUCACGUUACAGAAGCAGUCAAAAAAGUAAAUUCAGAAAUGUCUGGAUCUCCACGACGAGGUGGUUUCUCUAGCCGAGGACGAGGGGGACCCCCUAUGGGUGCUAGAAGAGGAGGAAGUUCAGGAGGGUACACAAGUAGUAGAGGACGAGGUGCUCCUGUCAGUCGAGGAAGAGAUGAAAGCUUUGACAGAAGAGAUACAUAUGACAGAAGUCCAAGAGAAAGAUCGCCAUUGAGAAGAAGUCCACUUUUAUCAAGAGGUCCACCCCCUUCAAGAGACUUUGGAGGUUAUAGUGGGAGCAGAGACGAUGGACCUCCACCAAGACGGCAGUCGGACUUCAACUCGCGCGCAGCUCCAGCUUAUGAAAGGAGAGAUGAUCGUUAUUCUAGUCAAAGUUCUUAUCCAGAUAGGGGUGGAUACCUUCCGCCUAAAAGAGAUGACUAUAGAUCAGAACCAAGAGCUGGUCUAUUAGAUGAUCGCCUACCUCCAAGUAGAAGUUAUGGUAGGGAUCCUCCAGUGAAUUCUCGUGCAAAUCCACCUUCUAGUAGAGAUUAUUCUGUUAGAGAUUAUAGUCCAGAGCGUAGUAUGACAAGAGCUCCUGUCAGAGGUUACCAAGAAAGUAGAAAUGACUAUGGGCCAUACAGACCUGAGAGAAAGGACAGUUUUGAGCGCUCAUCAGGUAGAGAUUACAGCUCAAGAGGUGACUACGUAAGUCGUGAUAUGGGUCGGGACCCUCCACCCAGAGAUACCUAUUCUUCCAGGGAGUCAUACCCUUCCAGAGAUCCACUACCGCCAAGACGUGACUAUGGUGACUCAAGGGAAUAUAGCAGUGGUCGCAGUGGAGGUGGAUUUUCAUCUAGAGAUGAUAUACAUGUUGGCAGAGGUCCUCCACCCAGAGAAACAAGCUACAGGGAUUCUGGGCCAUCAAGAAGUUAUGGAAUGAUAUGAAAGGCAAGUGGUGCAAUACUUAAUUCAAUAGAAACCAAACCAACUAAAUUCCACUGCAACAACAAACCAAACAAGUUUGUCUACGGUAGUCGAUGUUGAUAAACGUAUGAAGUCGUUGAGAACGGUCUUGUCCAAAAUCUGUUCGAAGAAAACACCAAGUGACAGUGCCUGUAAAUCAUUGACCAUUAAAGAAAAAUGGGUUGUAGAUAAUCUACAAUUCUUUAAGCCCCACUUGGUAAAUUCACAAGCAACAACGUCAUCAUUUCAAGUAAAUAAUUUUUAUUGUAUUUUUUCAAAAUGUCUGUCUUAUACUUCUCAAAGUAUGAAGUAGAUGGAUCUCUGUGUGCAGAAUGGGUUGGGGGUUGGUUGGAGCGGUCGAUAUGGACGCGUCAAGGUGGAGGUCAAGUGUUCGAAUCCCGGUGGAGGUUGGGGUGAAUCUUGUGGGUUUUUCUGACUGGGAUCCCGUUGUCCGAUGAGGACUGGCAUUGAAGAGUGAUCUAGUCCAUCUGACAGAUAAAAAAAAGGACGAGUCGUGUUCGAUUGGUAGAGCACAUUACCUUGGCAGCAAUAGCCAUCAAUGGAAAUUAUGCCCAUCUGCAAUAUGAUUAAGUUAGCAGCGAAUGUUAAAUAACAACACUCGAUGAGAACAAAAAUAUAUAUUAUCCACUAUUAUUAAUUUAUAUUAGAUGAGCACUAUACAUUGGUCACUUAUUUCCGAACUUGAUAAAGUU